UCGAAGGGUGAAACAACGUUCUCUUUUCUAUAACCUCCUUUAUCGUAAAAAAAAACUGUGUUCUCCGCCCUUGGUAAAUGGCACUUUUUCGUUCUACAACACGGUUGCCAAAUGGUCACUUUACGACAAUACCGAGACGUCUUUGUCCCAGAAGAUUGAAUAACGAAGGUUCUAAUCUCCAAUCUAUAACAACAUUCUCAUCUACUCAUGAUUACGUCAUCUGUGGUGCUGGUUCAGCGGGAUGUGUUUUAGCCAAUCGUCUGUCAYCUGAUCCUAGUAAUAGCGUUCUAUUACUGGAGGCAGGACCAAAUGAUGCAUGGGCUGUAACCAUUCAGAUGCCAGCUGGUCUGCCCUUGGUAUUAGGAGGCACAAAAUACAACUGGUAUUACAGCACAAUUCCUCAAAAACAUCUGAAUAACAGAAUAAUGUAUUGCCCUAGGGGGAGGGUGUUAGGAGGGUCAUCGUCCAUCAAUGGAAUGGUGCACGUCAGAGGACAUGCCUAUGACUAUGACAGAUGGGAACGUGAAGGAGCCAAAGGCUGGUCGUAUGCUGACUGUCUGCCAUAUUUUAAGAAGUUAGAAACAACUGAGAGAGGAUCGAAUGAGUAUCGUGGUAAGGAAGGUCCUAUACGUGUCACCAGAGGAAAACUAGAGAAUCCACUCCACCAUGCGUUUCUCGAGGCAGGACAACAAGCUGGAUACCCAAUCACAGACGACAUGAAUGGUUACCANCAGGAAGGAGUUGGUUUAUUCGAUAAGAGUGUCCUAAGAGGAAAACGAUGUAGRACAGCAAAUGCGUAUCUUAAACCAGUUCAAAGGAAGAGAAGAGAACGAUUGCUUACYGAAACCAAAGCAUUUAUAACCAGAAUCAUCUUUGAAGGGAACAGAGCUGUAGGAAUUGAGUACGAAAAAGAUGGUCAGAUCAAUGUAGUAAGAGCAAGCAAGGAAGUAAUACUUUGUGGUGGUACAAUCAAUUCACCUCAGCUCCUGAUGCUCUCUGGGAUUGGUGAUGGCGAUGAACUAAAGAAGCAUGGGAUCCCUGUGGUUUGUCARCUWCCAGGGGUGGGCCAAAACCUACAGGAUCAUUUGCAGUUAUAUAUAAAGCAGGCAUGCACCAAACCAAUCACAAUGUGGAGAAAACAGCCAUUACCGCUUAUGCUUUCUAUUGGACUAAAAUGGCUCCUGACGAGAGGGGGUCCCGGAGCAACUUCRCACYUCGAAGUCGGUGGUUUCAUCAGAAGCCAUGAAGGUGUCCCUCACCCGAAUAUUGAGUUCCAUUUCUUUCCAACCAUGAGACAUGACCAUGGCAGAAAGCAAGGCGAUCAGCACGGAUACGCGCUUCAUGUAGGGUCAUUACGAUCUCAGAGUAGAGGAUCKAUCAAAUUAAAYUCKGCGAARCCACGUGACCARCCAGARAUUGAUUUCAAUUAUAUGUCAACCAAGGAAGACUGGGAAGAGAUGAGAGCAUGRGUACGACUCUCGAGAGAAAUUAUGCAUCAAAAAGCGUUUGAUGAAUUCAGAGGAAAAGAGCUCAGCCCCGGUAAAAGCAUUCAAAGUGACAAAGAACUCGAUGAAUUUAUUCGGCAAKGUUCCGAAACCGACUACCAUCCCACAAGUACCUGCAAGAUGGGUGACUCUUCUGACAAAAUGGCUGUGGUUGACAAUGAAGGGCGCGUAUUUGGUGUUGAAGGACUUCGUGUGGUAGACGCGUCAAUCAUGCCUAGUUUGGUCAGUGGUAAUACAAAUGUGCCCACUAUUAUGAUCGCAGAGAAAGUGGCUGARGUUAUCCUUGGUAACCCGUUGUUAACAAAYGAAUAUGUUGACGUCUACAAGACGCCAGACAAGGGACAGAGAUUAUUAUUGACUAGAACCAUGUCAUACUUMAGAGCAGGGUUCUCGUCUGGAUCACGAGUCCUUCUUGCAAGGCUACGAUGUUUUCGUCAUCCAAGAUGUGCUUCAAACAACGGCUCCAAUAUCCAGUCCUUUUCUACCGUCUCAUCUACUCAUGAUUACAUCAUCUGUGGUGCUGGUUCAGCGGGAUGUGUUUUAGCCAAUCGUCUGUCAGCUGAUCCCAGCAAUAGUGUUCUAGUACUAGAGGCAGGUCCAAGCGAUGAAUGGGUUAUGCCAGUCCAGAUGCCUGCUGGUCUACCCUUGGUAUUAGCAGGCACAAAAUACAACUGGUAUUACAACACUGUUCCUCAGAAACAUCUGAAUAACAGAAUAAUGUAUUGUCCAAGGGGAAGGGUGUUAGGAGGUACAUCGUCGAUCAAUGGAAUGGUGUACAACAGAGGYCAUGCGUAUGACUAUGACAGAUGGGAACGUGAAGGAGCCAAAGGCUGGUCUUAUGCAGACUGUCUUCCAUACUUUAAGAAGGCACAGAAACAUGAACUUGGUCCUAAUGAAUAUCGCGGUGGUGAUGGACCUCUUUAUGUAAUGAAAGGAAGAUUAGACAACCCUCUUCAUCAUGCAUUUCUACAAGCCGGACAGCAAGCUGGUCAUACGAUAACUGAAGAUAUGAAUGGCUACAAACAAGAAGGAAUUGGAGUGUUUGAUCUCACUAUUUACAAAGGCAAACGAUGGAACACAUCCAAUGCCUACCUUACACCAGUCAAAGCACAGCGAAAAGAGCAUUUGCACACAGAAACUAAAGCCUUUGUCACGAGAAUCCUUUUUGAAGGCAACAGAGCGGUUGGGCUAGAGUACGAGAAAGAUGGCCAGAUGAAGAGUGUAAGAGCAAACAAAGAAGUGAUUCUGUCAGGAGGYGCAAUCAACUCCCCUCAGCUCCUAAUGCUGUCUGGGAUUGGUGAUGGUGAUGAACUAAAGAAGCAUGGUAUUCCUGUGGUUUGUCAUCUACCAGGGGUGGGAKAGAACCUACAGGAUCAUGUACAGUUUCCAAUACAACAGGCAUGCACAAAGCCCAUUACACUUCAUAGCGACAGACCAGUCAUGAAAUUGGCUUCUGUUGGUCUUAAAUGGCUAUUGACCAAAAAAGGUCUUGGUACAUCUGGUCAACUUGAGACGGGUGGCUUUAUCAGGAGUGACGAUGUCUCCCAUCCAAACAUUGGGCUUCAUUUUCUACCGGCUCUUCUCGUUGAUCAUGGCAGAGUAUUAUCGACACAACAUGGCUAUGAGCUUCAUGUGAAUUCUUGGAGAUCUUCAAGCAAAGGGUUUGUCAAACUGAAAUCCGCUAAUCCACGUGACCAUCCACUUAUCGACUUCAACUACAUGUCAACGGAGGAAGACUGGAAAGAAAUGAAGAAAGCUUUGCUUCUUGGGAGAGAAAUCUUGCGUCAAAAAGCGUUCGACGACUUUAGAGGAGAUGAACUUAGUCCAGGUAAAUACGUCAGKAGUGACGAAGAGAUCAACGAAUUUCUUCGUCAAUGCACAGAAACAGGCUACCAUCCGACAAGUACCUGCAAGAUGGGUGGCUCCUCUGACAAAAUGGCUGUAGUCGACAAAGAAGCGCGCGUAUUUGGUGUUGAAGGACUUCGUGUGGUAGACGCGUCUAUCAUGCCUAGUGUGGUAAGCGGUAACACCAAUGCGCCCACGAUCAUGAUUGCAGAGAAAGCGGCUGAUCACAUCCUUGGGAACCCGUUGCUGACUAAGUUAAAUGUGCCCAUUUAUGAAACACCAGAAAAGGGGCAAAGGUGAUAAUUCAUUGGAAACGUUUGGUUCAUUUUUCAUAGUUAAACGUCAAUUGGUUUGACGUUCAAAUGAUAUCAGUCAAGCAAAAUGAUCUUUCCUUAUUGAGCAUCCCCCCGGGGUGAGCAAUGCACCUGUUUGAGUAGACAAAAUAUAUUUGACCUUUUCUUGGAGUACUCGAUCCAUUUUAUUAAAAAGGAGCUAAAUAUUAUUACCUUCAAAAUUCCUACAUUACAGACGAAAUUUAUAACUAUGUCAUUUAUCAACAAUACUGAAUUCAUUCAUUUCAAACUAUUCCAUAUCAAAUCAUGUUGGUUACAACCAAUCAGUUUAUCGUUCUUCUGGCUGUGAGGUGCAAGACAAUUAAUUAAGGGAUUUGAAACAAUCAUGCAUGUCAAAGUUAUAAUCAAUCUAGUCUUUUUAACUAACGUGUAUAGRUUAUAUUGUCACAUUAUCUCAUGUUGACUGACAUACUCUACUGAGCUAAACAUUUUAAAAUCCACGAUUCCUACUAACCAAGAACAAUUGGUUGUCCCGGAUCCAAGUUAUGUUAUUGCAUUCAAGAAAAGCUAUUGUAAAAAAAAUGAAAAUGAAAAUGAAAAGUAAAUAGUAUACAUGAGUUUACAAAUCCA